UUGAAAAGCAAGGCGGAUGUCUAACGGCUGCUCUUCAAGGUGAACUGAAUGCCGCUAUUCAAUUCGGUGAGGCAGGCAACUGUAAUGUGUGUAGCAAGCAGUUCCCUCAACGCCAAUACUCGUUUUUUUUCAAGCAAAUGUGUGACAAUACUUGGAACAAUUUAUUUGGACGACAUAUCGUGGAUUAAAACCAAAAGCGCUGCGACAGGUCGCAGGCUGUAAUGGACUCUUAGAACAGGAUAUGCAAGGUGACAUCAUAGGUCAGAGUUCUGACAGCGUGAAAGGGGUCCACAGGAGAAGAAGAGAAACAUUGGUAGCAAUCAGAGGAUGGGUGAGACGGAAGAUGAGCGCACAGCACAGGCCAUCAAGCUCUUUGAGAACUUUGUCCAAAUGUCCACUUGUAAAGGAACUUUUCAGGCUUUCAGUAAUCUCUGCAGGCAGCUAGAGCUGGAUCCACUGGACUACAGCAAUUUCUACAGCUCACUGAAAGCUGCAGUCAACUAUUGGAAGGUCAAGGCUCUUUGGACCAAACUGGACAAUAGGGCACAGCACAAAGUGUACAACCAUAAUAAAGCAUGCCAGGGCACUAGGUGCCUGAUCAUUGGCGGUGGCCCUUGUGGUCUGCGGACAGCCAUCGAGCUUGCCCUGUUGGGCUGUAAGGUGGUCGUAAUAGAAAAGAGAGACUCGUUCUCCAGAAACAAUGUGCUUCAUCUCUGGCCCUUCACCAUUGAAGAUCUCAGAGGCCUCGGGGCCAAGAAGUUCUAUGGCAAAUUCUGUGCUGGUACUAUCGACCAUAUCAGUAUCCGUCAGCUCCAGCUGAUGCUGCUGAAAGUUUGUCUUAUUCUGGGGGUCGAGGUUCAUGUUGGUGUGGAAUUCAUCAAGCUUUUAGAACCGUCGGAAAAUCAGGCUGAUAACAGUCGUAGUUGGAGAGCAGACAUCUGUCCCUCAAACCACUCAAUCUCUGGCUUUGACUUCGAUGUGGUGAUUGGAGCUGAUGGACGCAAAAACACAUUAGACGGUUUUGGCCGCAAGGAGUUUCGAGGAAAGCUUGCCAUUGCCAUUACUGCUAACUUUGUUAACAGGAACACUACAGCAGAGGCCAAAGUAGAGGAAAUCAGUGGAGUUGCCUUCAUCUUCAACCAGAAGUUCUUCCUGGAACUCAAAGAGGAAACAGGAAUUGACUUGGAGAAUAUAGUUUACUACAAAGACAACACCCACUACUUUGUCAUGACUGCAAAGAAACAAAGUUUGCUGUACAAAGGGGUUAUUAUUAAUGAUCAUGUAGAAACAGAGCGUCUACUGAGCAGUGACAAUGUAAACCAGGAAGCAUUGCUCUCCUAUGCCCGUGAGGCAGCUGACUUUGGCACAAAUUACCAGCUACCAUCACUGGACUAUGCCAUCAACCACUAUGGGCAGCCAGACGUUGCAAUGUUUGACUUCACCAGUAUGUAUGCCUCAGAGAAUGCUGCCUUGAUCAGGGAGAAACAUGGACAUCAUUUACUGGUUGCACUGGUGGGAGAUAGUUUGCUUGAGCCCUUCUGGCCAAUGGGCACAGGUUGUGCUCGGGGUUUUCUGGCAGCGUUUGACACAGCUUGGAUGGUGAGGGGCUUUGCGCAAGGCAAGAACCCUCUGGAGAUACUGGCUGAGAGGGAAAGCAUCUAUCGGUUGCUGCCUCAAACUACCACCGAGAACAUCAGUAAAAACUUCGAUCAGUAUACCAUUGACCCCGCCACCCGCUAUCCCAACCUGAAUUCCAGCUGUGUACGCCCCCACCAGGUGCGCCACCUGUUCAUUGAUGGCCAAAGGGAUUUGAAUCGCUUGAAUCUACCCAUAGGUAGAUGUGUCAACCUUUCCAGAAAAGAAUCUGAGGUGCGCACUGACCGACUGUUGACCUGGUGUCAGAAACAGACCAAGGGCUACAGAGGAGUCGACAUCACCAACCUGUCAUCUUCCUGGAGGAGCGGCCUUGCCCUUUGUGCCCUUAUACACAGGCAGAAGCCCGAACUCAUUGACUAUGACUCACUUAAUGAGGAGGACAUAGCCGCAAACAAUCAGUUGGCCUUUGACAUUGCUGAGCAUCAGCUAGGCAUUCAGCCAGUGACGACUGGAAAGGAGGUGGCUUCGAAGGCCGGACCGGACAAGCUGCUCAUGGUUUUAUACCUGUCAAAAUUUUACGAUGCCUUCUGGAACUCGCCAAGAAGUAGAAAAGGAGCAAAAGAAAUUGAUGAGACCAGUGAAGAACAAUCAUUAAGAAACAUCGGCCACCCUAGGAAGAGGAUACCCAGGGAUGACAAACAACUGGACGCUGAUUCUAUUAAUAAGAGACGACGAAAGGGGAACCGCUACCAUACAGAACUAUCCUGUGACACUGCGCCCUCAGCUGGUGAGGACAGGGAACUGCGAGAGAACAGGGUCCGUUCCAUGGCAACACAGUUGCUGGCCAAAUUUGAGGAGAACUCGACAGAGAAAAUACAUGGCAAGAGUGACACUGAGAGUCUGUCUACUAGAGAAUUUGCAAAAAACACCAUAAAAGAGAGAGCAGUACUCCUUUCGUCCACAUUUUCUAGCUCCAGCAAACCUUCACCUCUUCUUUCCUCUAUUUCUGAGGCUGAGCAAUCUACCUGUCUUCCUCCUUCACCUCCGUCUAAUAUCGUCUCCAUCUACCCUGUGGUUCACCCUGUCCCUGACCCCACUGUCCAGUCUGGUUUCUCCUCUCCCUCCUUUUAUCCUCUUGAGCACAAGGAAAGGAAAGAAUCAUCCUUUGUAUUGUUUUAUACUGACUCAGAAAAUCCUGAGCAAACAUGUCAAGCUGAUUCCUCCUCUAAUAGCAUAGUCCCCACUGAAAUAUGUUGCUCUGAUGAGAGCCAGGAUGUUGCCUCCCAACCUCCUGGAAUCAGCUUCUCUUCAGGUACAGUGUUGGCACUGUCAAAGGACAAUACAGGGACAGAAUACAGUUCUCAGGGCAUGCUUGAAAAUAAAUACGUCCACAGAAGUGCCUACGAGAGAUCUGACAGCCGCAGAUGUGAAACAGAUGUAAAGUCCAAUGGAAGUUGUGCGCUCGAAGCCCCAAAUGGAAUCAUGCGAAAAUCAGUUAUUCGCUCUGAAAGUUGUCCAACUGCAGCUCCAAGCUACAGUAAAGAGCGAACAGUUGGAAAGGUGUCAUCAGCCAUAAAUGCUAAAGCCCAAAUACUGGCCCUCCUGUAUGAGACAGAUCACAGGCCCAAUGCUGCUCCGUGUGUAGGGCGUGUACUCGGAGGCAGUGAUGUCUGCCACUUCUGCUCCAAGCGUGUAUACGUGAUGGAGAGACUAAGUGCUGAGGGCUACUUCUUUCACCGCGAGUGUUUCCGCUGCGAUGUCUGUAACUGCACCCUUCGGCUCGGCGGCUACACCUUUGACUCACACGAGGCAAAGUUCUACUGUAAAAUGCAUUAUGCCCAACACCAAUCCAGUACACACUUGGACAGAUUCAGGAAAAGAAAGGAUCACCACAACCUUGUCACAUCAUUGAUGCUAGACAGUGGGAGCGACAAGACGACGUGUAGCAUCCAGACGCAACCUGCAGAUAGGCAAGUCAAAAUGCAUUCGGAGCAUGUGGAUAAAAGUCUGUCAAGUGACCUUGGUGACACGAACUUGGCUGUGGAAACCCUGAAUGCUCACUGCAUAGUGACACCUGCAGUCGUAGAUGUCACAGGGGCCAAAGGUCAAAAUGAAGAGAGUGCUAAAGGUCACUGUAAAACCAAGCAAUGUCAUUGCUGGAAACAUAAGAUCCGUGCGGUAUUCCCAUUGAUUUUUGUUAAACGUUUCAAUCGGAGCCGACCUCGGGACAAAGGAGGACCUGAGACUGUCCCUGAAGCAGACUCUGACUUUGAGGAGAUUACGUCAACUGAAAAGGUGACUAACUCUCAAAGAAAGACAUUUUUUGAAAACAAGGAAAGUGAAAAAAGGCCGCCCCUAACCACCUGCAACUUAUCCACCCCAAAGAAACGUGUGAUCUUAUCUGGUAGUGAGAAGGCAAGACUACUGAGCUCGGACAUGUUGGCCACUCCACAGGGUGCACCAGACAAAAAGACCACGCAGCAACCUGAACACCUGGUCCAAGCAGAGACCAAAGCAGAAAAGCUUCAGAGAGACUCGCAACAGCCUGGAGAACUGACUCUGAGCCAAACAUCUUCCUCUGCCGAGUCCUACUCAGCCUUCCAGCUUUUUGCCAAAGCCUUCAAGAGAACGUUUAGUGUCACCAAUCAUUCUAAUGACUCCAGCACGGCUCAUAUGAGGCCCAUACGUCACGGUCCACCCAGACAGAGGCCUAUGUCAGAAGGAGCAUUAAAUUUUAAUGCUCACCUCAGCGCAUAUGAACCAGACUCAUCCAAAGAGAAGAACGCAAGAAAGCAUGACAUGUCCUCUCAGUCGCAGCAAGUCUCCCUAAAGGGCCGCAGAGACUCAGGAGGGGUCUUCAGAGAUGAUAUCUCAUUGUCGUCCAGACGGAGGGUCAGCCUUUUCUCCUCGCUGAGACUCAAGAAGAGGGAGGCAUCAGAGACAGACGGGAACGACCAGGAGCAUCAAAAAGAAAUUCGGAUGAUUCUUACCAAUCUUAGAAACAAAGCAUCCAGUCAGCAGAAUCUGAAGGAGCCAUUCUCUUCUGAUGAUGAACAUGAAACACCAGCUGUUCACAGGGUGUCCACCAAACAAAAGCAAAGGAGGCAAGAAGCGACAGUGACCCUGCAGGCCAAACGAGAUCAACUAAAGAGGUUGCAUAGGGCUCAGGUGAUUCAGCGACAAUUGGAGGAGGUUGGAGAGAAACAAAGAGACGUAGAGGAUAGAGGAGUGGCUAUAGAAAAGGUUAUAAGAGAAGAAUAUGGAGACUUUCAGGUAGAUGACGCCGACCAUGCCCAACUCUAUCAAUCCUGGUUUAAACUGGUUUUGGAGAAGAACAGAUUAACACGCUAUGAGUCUGAGCUCAUGAUCUUUGCUCAGGAGCUUGAACUGGAGGACACCCAGUGCCAGCUUCAGCAAGAUCUUCGACACAGGAUGACAAAAGAAGAUACAAAGAAGAGUGCCUCUGAGCUGCAGGAAGAGCAGGAGAUCCUGUCUGAAAUAAUGAAGACUGUGGAGAAAAGAGACAUGUUAGUGUCCAUCCUGGAGGAGCAGAGACUGAAGGAGAAGGCGGAGGACCAGGACCUGGAGAGCAUUGUGCUGUCCAAAGGCUACAAGUUCCACUGGGCCCAGGCUAAUGACAGCUGGGGGUCGGACGAGGGACUACUGUGGGACAACUGUUAAAGGCCAAAAGCAAUGCCGUCAACUGAAGGGCCAUACAGGUGCCUUAUGGUGAUUCGCAUUACUGAAAGGACCAUUUUUUACCUUUUAUAUUUAAAAUCUUGACGAUUGAGAUUUUAUUAAAUGGCAUAUUAUUUAUUUUAACCUGAAGAGGCUUGGAAGGAAGCUGAAUGUGUGAUGUUAAAGGCUAAUAACCGAUAUUGAUGUAUUUAAAUACAUUUAACACAAAAGCCAUAACCGCUGAUUGUUUCCUUAAAAGUUGGAUUUUUGACAGUUUUUUAGUAUGAUCACUUUUUGUCACUUUUCCUUCUGUUUUAGUUGAGCACAAAUGGACAUGUGAUUGUAUUAAAUAAAAUGCACAGAGUUUCGUCGUGUUAACUAAUAUUCCAAAUAUAUAAUGUGUGUGUGAGAAAGCACUAAUAGGGUGUUUUGUGUUUGUUUGUUUUUGUGCACCUCAUUUAGUUGUGAUAUUUCACUUGUCCAGGUAUAUUCAGCCAAACUCUAUAAAAAUGGAUGCAGUGAUUGAUAUGUUACUUACAUUUCACAUGGCUGACAAUGAAAUGUGGACACCCAAUACAAUUCAGAAUGAAAAUGUUAUGUUCAACAUUAUGGACUAAAGGUCAGCUCCAUGCCUCUACUGAAAUGAAUGUUUUAUUCCCACACUGUUUUCUUGAAUCACACUAAUGAAUACAUUUAAAAUAUUUUUUUGUUUACAGUAUGUGACAAAGAUUGUGCAGUUUUAACAUGUUUUUGUUUCAAACUACUUGGUUUUUAAGAGAACAGUAAUAAAAAUUGAAUUAAAUGUUA